CGGUUCUUCUCCAUCGAUCCGAAUUAUAUACUCAAGUUCUGCGAGGCUUUUUCGUAUUUCACUCUCCAGUUAUGCCUAAAAACAGUGCCGACAGUACUAAUCCUUCAGCCGCUAAAACUGAACUUCAAGGACUUGAGCUGGCAGAACACCACUUUGGCCCCUUGCUUCACCCAACUCGGGCCACACAGCGCGCAUGGACCAAUUAUGCCAUCAACCGCCUUCAAACCAAUCAAGAAUACGGCUCAGUUUUAGACGAAGACUCUGGGGAAGACUCUGAUGAAGAUGAGUACGGAUACGGCGUCGAACUCGAUGAAAUUUGGCUUUCGAGCUCCAUCAAAGCUUGCGUUUCUCAGAUCGAGGAAGAGAUGGACUUGGAGGCGGGCACCCUCCAGAAAUGCAUCACCAUUGUGUAUAACAACACAGAACUUGACGAUGUAGAUCCACGAUCUACUGAGAGCAUCGUCCGGAUCUACUCACCCAGUACGCCAAUGUACAUCGACGUGCAUUUCAAAUACCACUGCCGCGCGCGUAUGUCGGAGAUCGAGUGGUUCUACUCACUCGGGUACAAGAUCCAGCGCCGCCCACCUGCAACGGCGGGGGAUGUAUGUACCAUCGACAAAGGGCUAGGCCAGGGAGGUCCCCAGGAUGUCCACACGCACAAUGGGUGGCAGUCUAUAUGCUGGGGUUACUAUGAUGACUCGAAUGGCAACUAUGGCAGAAAAUGGCGCCGCGUUGAGAUAGCAAAAAUGGAGUUGUACGAGGAGGGAGUUAUGGAUGUGCACGAAACUUUGUUCGGAGACUUGGAAAAACCUGCGCCAACCGACCCUGAGGCUAUGCUCGCAUACAGACGAUCACUCGUAAGGAGCAUACGGCUGCUCCUCGCCGCUGUGGGUCUUUCCUAUGGGGUUGCAUGCACUGAUGACGAAAGUGAUGUGGAGCCGAAUCAGUUGAUGCUUGAAGGGUUGAGCGACAGAUGGGUCGGGCGGGGAAUACGCAAUGCGUGUGGCCUGCGACUCGCAGGAGAUGCAGAAAAAGAGCGGAAAGGUGCCCAGCAACGACGAGAAGAGGCGAAACGUUACGACAACCCAUACGACUCUGAAGAUGAUGAACAUUACGACUCUGAGGAUGAUGAAUGUAGUGAUCAAGAGGAAGGCGAGGAUGAGGAGAUGGAUGAUGAAUUUGAGUCGUAGAAAAUACAUUUUAUGGUUGUAAUAGUACUACGGUAUAAAGUUGAAUGAAUAUAUGACGAAAUCUGGUUUUGUGAUGG